CAAAAAAACUGAGGAUGGGCCGCAUAUUUCGGAAAAAAAUGGGACAAGGUUCCGACUCGGGCAGUGACGACGAGGAGUUAGUGCCGCGAAAACACCUGAAGAAAGCAGAAAGCAAGAUUUUGGCACUGCAAAACAAGCUGCGAAUUUCGGAGCAGCAACGACUUGAAGAGCGGCAGCAUAACGUCAAACUCCAAGAUUUGCUUGAAGAGAGGCUGAAUUCCAUGGAGGCCUCCAUUGUGCAGGCAGUGAAGGCAGAGCUUCAUGGAGCAAGGCUGCCUUCACAGGACAAUGUGUGCAGAGAGAAGACAUCACAGCAGGUGGCCAGUGUUGUGCAACCAGAGCCUGCCAUGCUGCAUGAGGACGAGUGGGAUCUCGAGAUUCCUGUAGUGGAUGCGAUGCUGCCUGCCAAUUGCCAUUCGGCACAGCCCAGCUGUGUCCUUGGGCCUCGUGCACAGGUGCCAGGCACCAAGGAAGCUGAUGGUGUGCCUUCCACAAAUGAGCCUGUCCCAGUACCUACUGAACUGGGUGUGGAAACACCAUUGUUCGUGCCAGUUGAUGGAAAGAGGCAUACGAGCACUUCGUAUCCAAAAACCCAAGCGCUGUGGACACGGACGCCAGGAGGCUAA